UUCGCAAGAGCCCAGAAAAGGCCAAAGAGUCAAUCGAAGUGAGCUCACCUUAUCUUUUCAACGCAAAGUAGGUGUCUAGCAUAUGUCGAGAGCUGCGUUGUGGCGCCAGGAAGGCAAUGUCAAGGAGCGCGAACAACGAGCUGAGGAAGUUUUCCUCAAGGCUGUUGAGGACGGCCAGCUACGUGCUCGUUCCAAAGGCGUCCUACCCUUGUGGGGGGCGCCCGACUCGUUUCACUUCAAUCCUCUUUUAUUGCGUAAUACUGUCCGAUCGCUUUACUUUCAAAAAUGCUGCGAAAAAUUGCUGGACUGGAAUGCUGUCGUCGACGAGAUAUAUUACGAAGUCAAAUAUCUACAGCCCUUUGCGCUAGACAAAUCACCGAGUACGGCGUUUUGCCUGUUACUCCGGCUCUUAACGUUACGCGUGACGAAUCAUCAGAUGGAAUUGACGCUAAAACAUACUGAUUCGCCGUACAUCCGAGGAAUUGGCUUUCUAUAUUUGCGCUACGCCGGACCACCGGAACAAAUAUGGUCCUUCAUAGAAUCCUCUUUGCAAGAUGAGGAAGAGCUGGUAAUAGAAGCGGGACAUCGCGGGAAGCGGAGCACCAUUGGUCAAUUUGUCCGUAGUUUAUUCAGCAGCCGAGAUUUUUACGGAACCUCCCUACCUCGACUUCCAAUUCAAACCGAACGGGACAUUCAAGUAAAAAUUUUGCAGGCGGAAAAGAUCGCUGAACGAGCAUUUCAUCACUUUGAGAAUCAGCAACGAAUGCGGGUCUUCCAAACUUUAGGCGCUGAAAUAAGGGCUUUAUAUGGCGAUGAAGAUAACCCGGUGACGUGGUAUCGAGCAAUGGUGGACCGAGUGAUUUUUCGAGAUGAGGCAUCUGGUCAAACAUUGAAGUAUCCAAAAUUUGUCGUGACUUUCCCAGAGUAUGGCAACACUGAAACCGUUUCGUUGGGCGAGAUUGAUGCACUGGACGGACAAUGGAAGGACGAAAAAUCUAGCUCUGUCGGACGCAGAGACUCUCCUGAUGUACGGGGACUUCAUGGUGGAGAUGAGGGAGAAUUAUAUGAGGAGGUCAGAAGGCGAGAGAAAGAAACGGUGACAGCCGAAAAGGGUUGGGCUCGCCGACCAUCAACGACGAAAAGACUUCUUGCACAACAGCUUCACAGGGGACACAGUAUACAGGAUGAAGCUACGGUGAGACGCAAAUCGGCAGUACCCUUGCUGGCUACAUCGAGCCAGCAAGAACUGAACGUGCUAGCUUCGCCAAAGAAACGAUCGGCUGACGAGCUAGCUGCCAUUGCUGAGAAGAAGCGCAAGUUGAUGGCGAAGUAUGGGUAG